AAUCACAGCUGUUUGCCAAGGUUAUUCCGAUGACCGAUGAGUGAUCAGUAAAAGUAGCUGAAGGCCAUACCAGCAUUAAUAUUUUAUAUAUUUUAUUUUAUCAGUAUUAGCAUUAUCAACAUAAUGCGUAAUAAUUGUGAUAAUAAAUAAUGACACUAGAUACAAAAGGAAGAAAUGAAGGCAUCACAUACCCAGUCGUAAAAUGUUUAGUAGGUAAAAUGGAACAUUCUGUUAACACCACACCAUUGUUAGGAGAUGACCAUGAUUCCGAUGAUGAGCAAUUUCAGCACGAGUUUAAUAGAGACGAUAAUAAGCCUUUGUUCAAACCAUUGGAACCCCGAGACAAAUUCAAUACAGCCUACUUGAUAUUCUGCCUACUAGGAAUUGUAUCAUUACUUCCUUGGAAUUUUUAUGUAACUGCAGAUGAUUACUGGAUGUACAAAUUUCGAAAUGUAAGCAAAAAUGAGAGUAUGGUGGGUUCAUCCACAAGUGGACGCACUCCACUCCAGGCAGAAUUCACAUCUUACUUGAGUUUAGCGUCUUCAGUUCCAAAUUUGGUGUUUUUAGUCCUGACUACUGCUAUAAGCCAUAGAGUAUCUCUAAAUGUAAGGGUUGUAGGAUCUCUUUUUGUUAUGCUGUUGUUGAUGUUGGUAACAUUAGUAUUUAUACAAGUCGAUACUGACAAAUGGCAACAGACGUUCUUUGGUGUUACCUUAAUAUCUAUAAUUCUACUUAAUGUGUGCAGCGCCAUCUUUUCUGGAAGUUUAUUUGGUGCAGUAGGAAAAUUUUCUCCCAAAUACAUUACCGCCGUCAUAGGGGGUCAAGCUUUAGGUGGAGUAUUUGCAGCUUUGGCUCAGAUAGCUUCUCUUUCGAUAGGAGCUUCUUCGACUCAUUCGGCUUUGGUUUAUUUCAUUAUAGGAAACUUGACGAUAGCCAUAUCGAUAUUUCUGUACAUUAUGCUGGAAAAGUCUUUAUUUUUCAAGUAUUAUAUAGCUGAUCAUGCUGUGAUAAACGAGUUGUUGACCAACUCGUUACCAAUGAAUUAUUCUUAUAGGACGAUUUUGAAGAAGAUGUGGUGCUACGGACUAUCGAUUUUUGUUACUUUUGCAGUCUCACUUGCAGUGUAUCCUGGAGUAACAGUUCUGAUUGAUUCUGAAGGCAAAGGACAUGGGAAUAGGUGGAAUG